GGGGUGGUUUUUAAUCGUGGUUUGGUUUCCUAUGUGCUUGCGUGUUUGGUUAGUUGGUUUUGUUUUUUCUGAGUGCUACUAUAAUGCUUUUAAGUUUUUUUGUCGUUUCAUUUCUUCUGUUUUGUAUUUUGGACAUUUAUUACCUCUGUCCAGUUUCUUUUAAUGAAGGAAUAUCAGUUUAUUUGCAAAAAAAAAAAAAAAAAAAAAAAUUGAAGGUCAAAUUCCAUAACUAAACCCUAUACUAUUUCUUUUCAAGCAACAAUUAAAAAACUCAUCAUUAGUUGUAUUAAAUCAUUAUCCAUGUUAGCUAAGCACUACUAACCGUAGAAAAUAUAAGCAAAAGAUAGCAGAAAGAUUUGGUAUAAGCCAAGAAAAACUGCCCAUAUCUCUUCGUCUUGAUUGAAGAAGAAGAAGCUAUGGAAAACCAAAACAGGUCGGGAACUGCAGGAAAAGCUAUAAGAUGCAAAGCUGCAGUUUGCAGAAAUCCGGGGGAACCACUCAUGAUAGAGGAAAUUGAGGUUGAGCCACCUAAGGCUUGGGAGAUUAGAAUAAAAAUCCUCUGUACUUCUCUUUGUCAUACUGACGUUACCUACUGGAAAAUGUCCACUGGACCAUUCGCAUUUUUUCCCAUGAUUUUUGGGCAUGAAGCUGUCGGUGUUGUUGAGAGUGUAGGGGAGCAUGUGGAGGAAUUUCAGGAAGGAGAUAUGGUGGUGCCUGUGUUUCGUCCGAAUUGCAGAGAAUGUAGAGACUGCAAGUCCCAAAAGGGAAAUGGUUGCUCCAUAUUUGGUGGGGAAUUGGUCCCUGCAAUGCCAAGGGAUAAAACAAGUAGGUUCAAGGGGAUGAAUGGGGAGACUUUGUACCAUUUCUUCUCAGUUUCCAGCUUCAGUGAGUACACAGUGGUGGAUGUGGUUAAUGUUGUGAAGAUCUCACCGGAAUUCCCAGUUGAUAAAGCUUGCCUCCUUAGCUGCGGAAUAUCCACCGGGAUUGGAGCAGCAUGGAAGGUGGCAGACAUUGAAGAAGGCUCCACUGUCGCCAUAUUUGGCCUGGGAACCGUUGGACUGGCGGUUGCAGAAGGGGCAAGGUUACGUGGAGCUUCAAAGAUCAUAGGUGUAGAUUUGAAUCAGGAAAAAAUUGAGAUAGGGAAACAGUUUGGAGUUACUGAAUUCAUCAAUCCCACGACAUGUGGAGAGAAAAAAAUCAGUGAGGUGAUUAAGGAAAAAACAGAUGGGGGAGCUGACUAUUGCUUUGAGUGCAUUGGAUUGGCUUCACUAAUGGAAGAUGCUUUCAAUAGCAGUAGAGUGAAUUGGGGCAAGACAGUGAUAUUAGGAUUGGAGAUGCAUCGCACACCAUUACCUGUCAACACUUCUUUACUUCUAAGAGGCAGAAGUGUGACUGGGUGUUUAUUUGGAGGACUUAAACCCAAAUCUGACAUUCCCUUCCUUGCUCAAAAAUACCUACACAAGGAGCUUAAUCUUGAUGGAUUCAUAACGCAUGAAGUGGGUUUCGGGGAUAUCAACAAAGCUUUUGAUUUACUGCUUGAAGGAAAAAGUCUUCGUUGUAUCAUACGGAUGGAUUAACCAAUGAUAGAAUGGAAAUUUGAUAAAAAUUUGAACCUACUUAAUAAAUUCCUAUAGAAUUGUUUUUCAACUCCUUUAUUGAAAUAAUAGCUAAAUUAGUUCUUAUA